GACAAUUCACUUACACCCGAACAACAAACCAACCAACUCAUAUUAAUCUCAUUCAUACAAGGUCCUCCCUCUUUCCCGACUGCAUCACCAACAUCUCAACCCAAUAUCAAUCAACAUCUAAAACCGAAACACCAUUAAUCACCAAAAAACGCAAAAAUGGCCGACCCUUUCGAGGUGCGCAUGCGGUUCACGAACCAACUCCGCCAACUAAGUGCCUCCGUGACAUCCUCGCAAAAAGCAGCACAGUAUGCUCUCCGCCACAAGGACUUGGCCGAGGACUUGCACUCUUGCAUUUUAGAGCAGCUUGAGAGGAGCAACCUAAACAUGCGAGCCAACAUCAUGUACUUCAUCGAGCACUUUCUCGACAUGGCCCACAAAGACGGCCAAGAGGAUUACAUCCGCAUGAUGCAGCGGGACAUUAUUCGUGUGGUCGAUGCCGUGGCGCCGGAUGACGGGUCGGGGGCGGCUAAUGUUAAGGUUGUCCGUAAGGUCCUCCAAGCCCUCCACGCCAAAUCCUUCCUCGACUCCACCAUCCUAACCGACAUCUUCGAAGUCCUCCGCGAACGGGGCGAAUCCUACGUUUAUUCCUCCCAGGGGGACCUCGUCCUCUCCCCUUCUGCCAACAACAACAAUUCCUCCUCCACCUACGACACCAACAUGCCCCCUUCGCAAACCGCCAUCCACACCCACGCUAAUCCCCAUGUUCCCCCUCCCAAUCCCCUCCUCACAACCACCUCCAACAACAACAACACCACAACCUUAGCUGGCCCCUCAACCUCCACUUCUUCUACCACCCAUCAUCACUUCGUAAACAACAAACGCGGCGGAGGCAUCAACACGGCCGCCCCCCGCGUCGACAAGAAGCAGGUGGAGCAACGCAUCGAAGAGGAUCGCGAGCGGCAUAAGAGGCUGAGAGAGAAUAUCUGGGCGGUGCCGAGCGGGGAGGAGAUGGAUAGACUACUGGAGGAGACGUCGGAGUUGGGGGAGGACGAUAUGAGGGGGGUGUGGGAGGAGCAUGAGGAGUGGGAGAGGAGUUUGCAGGCGGGGAUUUCGGGGGGUGGAGGAGGGUGCGGACAUGAAACAGCGGGGAAUGGCGUAGGGAGUGGGGGGAAAGAAACGAAGAAUGGGGGUGGGGAUGGGGAGAGGAACGGGAAAGAUGGGGUGAAGAACGGGGGGACGGCGGCUAAUGGGGAGAGCAGGAAUGGCCGUGGGGAUAAUGCCGAUGGAAAAGAAAAGGAAAAGCCAAUGUCGAUUAGUGGUGAAAUUGCCGAGAUGACAAGAAGAGGAAAACAACUGCAGCUGGAAAAGGAACAACAGGAGAAAAAGGCGAAGGAGGAUAAGGAAAAGCAAGAGAAGGAGGAGGAGGAUGUGGAGAUGACCUCAGCCUAGGAAUCAGAAUCAGAGGAAGCGGAAUCCAACAUGGAGAGGAAUCAGUGGCAGCUGCUGCAGGAUUUGGA